UAACCAUUGUGUACGUACGCUGUAGGCUAAGCACUGUGUAAUUCCAGUACUUCUAGUUUGAGAAUAAGAGUUUCACGAUCCCACAAAUUUUAGUUAGUUGUAGGCUGCAAAUAAUAUUUCACUGCUAGAUAGUUUAUGAGAUUUGAAAACACGCCGUUAUAACUAAAAUUUCGGCCUAAAGGUAGAUUCGAUAUUUAAAGUAAGAUAAGAAGUUUGUUUGUCGUAACUAAGCCUUAUCCUUGUAAAUUUGAAAAUGAUCAAUGGUGAACCCGAACAAACUGACGCUAAAAGUAAAGAUGAUCAAGGAAACAGUGCAUCUUCGAAAACGGGAAAUACUGAAAGUGAAACAUGGAACCAAACCAAUGGUAUUGCUACAGAUACGUCAGAUCUUAACGAGACAAACAAGCAAAUGGUUCACACGCAACUGCCUGCUUCUUAUGGUCCAUAUCCAUUAAAUGGUGAUGAGUCAAUUGGUCAACAACGGAGUGACCAGAAAGAUGCAUUUAACACUCAGGUGGUGACCGUCAGUGGUGUAGAACAGCAAACUCAAACAGAUUUAGAAUUAGAAUUUUCAUCAGGGAGCCAAGGAAAAGCAGCCACCCAAACAACAACAAAUGGGAUAGAUACUUCCAAGUCCAACCAGCCAAAACGCCUUCAUAUCAGUAACAUCCCAUUCCGAUUCAGGGAUUCUGAUCUCAGGCAAUUGUUUGGACAAUUUGGUCCAAUACUAGACGUUGAAAUUAUUUUUAAUGAACGAGGCUCAAAGGGAUUCGGUUUUGUAACUUUCGCAACUAGUGCGGAUGCUGAUCGCGCACGAGAGCAAUUGAACAGCACGGUGGUUGAGGGACGCAAAAUAGAGGUCAAUAAUGCUACAGCAAGAACUCAAACCAAGAAAUCUCCAACCAUCCCAAAUGUUGCUGCCUUGCGAGGAGUAGCAAUCCAGAGAGGUCGAGCACGUGGUGUUUUUGCUAGACAUCCUUCACCACUUACAGCUGCAGCAGCUGCUGCUACUGCUCUGCAUGGUUAUGCUCCACUCAUUUCACCAGCUAGUAUCUAUCAAGACCCCUUUCUGGCUUAUGCAGGAGCUGAAAGAUACCAGUUACCUGCCACUUAUGCAGCUACUGCAGCUUAUACAGCAGCUGCAGCCCGAAGUUAUGCUGCUGCAGCAGCUGCUGCUCAGCCAGUUGCUACAUAUGCAGCAGUAGCAGGAUCCCCAUCCCUCUACUAUGCAUAUGGUAGAGAGUUUACAGACCCAUACCUAGGGCACAGUAUUGGUCCAGUUGCUGGAUAUGGGGUGAGCUCAGCUUUGAAUAAGGCUGCAGUCUACCGGAGUGGAUACAAUAGGUUUACCCCGUAUUAAGUUGGAGAAGCCUGGUUUUAGUUUGCAACAACUUUUAUAUAAAAGCUCAGAUUUGUUACCAGGACGAAAAAGAAUCUGAUAUUGAUUAUUUUUGUGACAUCGACUGCACCGGACAGUGUGAUGGGAUUUUAUGAACUGCCUAUAUUCACAUGUAAUACUCGCACACCUUCAAAGCUUUUUAUCAUUCACUAUUUAUUCAUGAUCUGUUUUUAAUGAAAGUCCAUGUAAGUUGACCCAUGUUUUUGUGUAUGCCUCUAUCAUUGUAUCUCUUUGUUACCUUAUAUUGUGCAGUGUUAAGUGGGUUUUUGCAUAUAUUUACCAAAGUCUGAAAAUAAGUAUUAGUUUGGCUUCCGUGUUAAAGGAACGAGGCUUUACACCAAGUUCUAGUCACGAAAGAUUUUUUUCUCACUUUGUUUGUUUAAUUACUAUUUCCAAAUUGGUUGUUCCAUUCAAAAACAAGGCUUACUGAUUCUAAAAUUAUAACACUAUGCAUUUUCUUCAUUCAAUUUUACUUUAAAAUAUCUUUGAUGUUGUAUUGAUCUCUUACUGAAACAUAUUCGUAAUGGUUGCGACAUAAUUCAUUUAAAUCUAUGGACUUCCAUAUAUAAUAAGUAAUGUUAUGAUUUAAAACUUUAAGAAAAGACAGUUACACUUAACAAAGACUGCUGUUUACUAUAUAAUGAAGGAACCGUUUGUUUCUUCAGUGCAUUGUUUGCAGAAUUAGGUAGAAAAUGUUUGUUUUACAUAGUAUAGGCAACUAUGAUAACUAAAACUAAUUUAUUGAUAGAUCUUGUGUGACAUAAUUGUUGGUUUUGUAAGCAAUCAAAAUGAUCUGAAGUACUUCUAUUUCACCUUAUUACUGUUUAAUCUUAUUUUGUGUUUGUCCCUUAACAUUUCAACAGAGUAAAUGUUACUAUUUUUCCAUGUUCACAGAAUGGUAUGUUGUUUGUUGGUUAGGAGCGCACAUGGAUGUUAUAACCUAGGCUAUAUCGUGUGGGUAAACUCUGUAAAAAAAAGGGGGGGAAUAAUUAUUGAGACAUUACCAAAGAGAUUACACCUCUUGCACAAUAACAAGAAAAUGGCAGCUUUACAAUUAUUAUUUGUUUUUGCAAUCUUUGUUGAGAUUCAAUGAGAUUUAUCACCAUCUAUGUUCAUGGCAGUUAUGUGUGCAGAAGUUUCACAUAAAAUCCAAACUUCUGUGUUUCCCUCAGACUUGGGUAACAAACCUCGCUGUUUUAGUAAGUGUAUGUAACAAGACUAUCAUGACUAGUUUAAAUUUGAUGCUUUUCAAAUCAUGGUUUAUUAAUAUGUAUGUAGUUGUCUUAUUUCCUUAUUGGGACAGAGGAAUUUACCAUGAAGUGAUUAGGAUUAUAGAAAGUUGAAAAUUUAGUGAAGGAUUUAAAGAGAGAGUGCCACCGCAGCUCAUCUAUUUAUAUAUUAUGUUUACUAUUCUUUGAUUGCAUAACAAAGGGAUACAUACCAUCAAUAGAUUGUAGUAAUGAUGAACUACAAAGGUGAAUUUCUUAUUAGUAUUAUAAGCUUCCUGUACACUUAUAAAUAGUAUAAAAAUUUUCUUUUUCACUCUCUCUCUUUGACAUCGUUAGAGCAGGAAUCGAACCUUUACAGUUGGUAGACAAAUUACUAGUUAAGGUCAGUAAAGUAUAGGCGGACUAGUCAAUAUAAUGAUGAAAACCUAACCUGUUAAUAAUUCUUGCAGUAGCAAAGAAUACUAGUAUUAGUGAAUUAAUCAUACAAUACUCUUUGUAUGUCUGUUUACACGUCUCAAAUUUUUGGGUUUAAUAAAAAAACAAAGCUGAUAUGGACUGUUGAAUUACUGGUACAACAGGAUUCUUCACGUGUGCUAUUGAAUAGUUAUUCGGAAGUUUUUUAUCUUGCCGAGCUGGAAGGCAUAGACUGUAUCCUCUCAUUACUGUAGAGUCAACUGACCUAUAUUAUAGUAGUAAUAUUCACGUAUUAAAUUGUCUUGUGUAUUAUAUAUAUAUACAUCUUCAUCUCAAUGAUCAGACCUCUAGAGUAGUGUAUUAUUAUUUUAUUUAUUGGUUACUGUAUCAAGUUAUGUAUACCAAUGUGUGUUAAAAUUAAAUUCUAAGAAUCUCCUCUUUUUUUUUUUU